GCAGGACCUAAGAUCGCAUUCCACACAACUCUCUGAACUGUACCCAUGGCCACCUUCAAGGAGGUGAACGUGUCCGGCUUCGAGGAGUUCGACCAGGCUGUAAAGGAGCACAAGGGCAAGACCAUUUUCGCCUACUUCAGCGGCUCUAAGGAUGACGAAGGGAAGAGCUGGUGUCCGGACUGCGUAGAAGCUGAGCCAGUCGUUCGAGCGGGGCUGAAGCAUGUUAUAGAAGACAGUGUGUUCAUCUACUGCCAAGUAGGAGACAGAUCUUACUGGAAAGACCCAAAUAAUGACUUCAGACAAAAACUGAAAGUAACUGCAGUGCCUACACUACUUAAAUAUGGGACGCCCCAAAAACUUGUGGAAUCUGAGUGCCUUCAGGCCAACCUCGUGGAAAUGAUAUUCUCUGAAGAUUAAGAUUUGAUGAUAGCACUGGGUUGAUGGUAGAACAUGCUUUUAACCCCAGCACUUGGGAGGCAAAAGCAGGUGGACCAGUGAGUUCAAGGCCAGCAUGGUCUACACAGUUCCAGGAAGCCAGGACUAUACAAAGAAACCUGGUUUCCAAAAACAAACAAAAGAUUUGAUGAUCACAAUUGUGUGUUGAUUUCCUGGUUUGCUUAAAAGAAGCCACGUACUUGCUUUGAAUUGAUCAGUGUAUGUCUAAACAAUAAAGAAUUAAAAUACAAA